AUGGCAGUCUCUAUACUGCGUCGUCUCAUGGAUGAAGGGAUGGACCAGAAAAAUAUCGUGAAGUUUCAUGAGGCUUUUCUCACUACUUACGGAAAAGGAAUGGUUUUUGAAAUGUUGGACAUGGAUGUGGUGGACUUUUUUAGCAGCAAUAAUGAUCAGUUGCCGCUGUCGGACAUCAGCUGCAUCACCAAACAGGUGGCCACAGCUUUGGACGUGCUGAAGACCUACUCCAUAAUCCAUGCAGAUGUUAAACUGGAGAACGUCAUGGUCUGUGAUCACAGCCAGAGGCCCAUCCAGGUCAAACUUAUUGACUUUGGCAUGGCCCUUUACGCCUCCGAGGCCAGACCAGGCCUCCUCAUCCAGAAUGUGUGCUACAGGGCUCCUGAAGUCAUGCUGGGAUGUCCUUUCAAUGAGGCUGUGGAUGUGUGGGGCGUGGGGACCAUGACCGCCAUGUUACUAUUAGGGUACCGCUUACUCCAUAGCAGCUCUGACUAUGAUGCAACUGAUGAGGAAGUCCAGGACAAGUACGGACACAGGCCAAAGCUGCACCACACCGAGCAGUAUCGUUCACUUCAUGAGAUUAUGGAGACCCGGUAUAACUUGUCUGACCUGGAGGAGGACAAAGAGUUACACGCCGCCACAGUCCUGCUCCAUAAGAUGUUGGAACCUGAUGUCCACAGCCGAAUUACUCCUGCUGAAAUCCUCCAGGAUCCAUUUAUCUGUGGCCAAAGUACGGAGAGUGAAAUGGAAGAAGAGGCUGAACCUGUGGACAAAAAGGACGACCAACUGAGCGAGAGCAUGGAGAAUGUGGCGAGCCUGUCCUCGAACAGGACAGAGGACAGAGACUCUGACCAGGAAAGGACAAAAGCAAGAUCAGCCCUGCCGCAGGAUGAGCAGCAGAGUGACAGUAUUGAAAGUGUGAUGAGGAGGACGACGUCUCCUGAGAUGAUCAUGGUCAGACCAACCACACGUGUAAAUACAUGUACUCUGGAGGAGGACGAGCAGCAGGACGAGCAGCAGAGUGACAGUGUGGAAAGUGUGGUGAGGAGGACGACGUCUCCUGAGAUAAUCAUGGCCAGAGCAGCUCUACCUGAAAACACAUAUACUCUGGAGGAGGACGAGCAGCAGAGUGACAGUAUUGAAAGUGUGAUGAGGAGGACGACGUCUCCUGAGAUGAUCAUGGUCAGACCAACCACACGUGUAAAUACAUGUACUCUGGAGGAGGACGAGCAGCAGGACGAGCAGCAGAGUGACAGUGUUAAAAGUGAGAAGAGACCAAGUCCAGACAUUGACUGGACUGGAGGACAGACAGAGACCCCAAAACGGAGUGAACGGAUUCUUAAUUAA